AUGACCUUUGCUCCUACUUUUAUACAGUCUGAUGAAGCUCAACGCGGGGGUGAAAGGGUUGGCGCAAUUGAGGGAGAAAACGACUUCUCUGGAAAGCGUUAUGUAUGGGUAUGCGACCCAGAAACUGCUUUCAUCAAGGGAUGGGUUCUCGAAGAGCUUGAUCGAGCUUCUUUGCUUGUUGAGUGUGAAGAUGGAAGUCAAAGGCGUGUCGACAGUAACGAGGUGGACAAAGUCAACCCGGCAAAGUUCGACAGGGCCAGUGAUAUGGCCGAACUGACCCAUCUCAACGAAGCUUCGGUCAUUCAUAACCUUCAUUCGAGAUAUCAAUCUGACCUUAUCUAUACAUAUUCUGGACUAUUCUUGGUCACUGUCAAUCCUUACUGUACCCUACCAAUAUACACCGAUGAUUAUGUGCGAAUGUACAGAGGUCAAAGCCGAGAAGAUACGAAACCGCACAUCUUUGCAAUGGCAGAUUUCGCUUUCAGGAACCUGGUUGAAGAAGGGGAGAAUCAGAGUAUACUUGUGACUGGGGAAUCCGGGGCUGGUAAGACCGAGAACACAAAGAAAGUCAUACAAUACUUUGCUGCAGUCGCUACACCGGAAAAUCUGAACAAGCGCAUUACCGGGUACCAGCUUCCAAACCUCUCAAAUCAAAUCUUGAAGGCCAAUCCCAUUUUAGAAGCUUUUGGUAACGCUCAGACCGUGAGGAACAACAAUUCUUCUCGAUUUGGGAAAUUUAUCCGUAUUGAGUUCACACGUUCUGGCCAGAUUGUAGGAGCGUUCAUAGAUUGGUAUCUCCUAGAGAAGUCUCGAGUCGUCAGAUUAAAUUCGAGCGAGCGAAACUAUCACAUAUUCUACCAACUGUUACGGGGUGCCAAUACACAACUCAGGAAGCAAUUACUACUUGAUGACAGUGGUCCAGAGGACUUUUGUUAUACCAAAGACGGCAAUCAUGCAAUAGCUGGCGUGUCUGAUAAGGAAGAGUGGGACUCCUUACUUGACGCAUUCAAAGUAAUAGGUUUCACAGACGAGGAGCAGAUUGCCGUAUUCCGAACGGUAGCUGCGGUAUUGCUGCUAGGCAACAUCUCAAUCAUGAGAGAGAGCUUGCGAGCAGACCAAGCUACAUUAGCCGUAGACGCAUAUCCUCAGGCUCAAAAAGCUUGUCAGCUUCUUGGUAUUGACACGGACGCCUUUGUACAAGGACUAUUACACCCUAGAGUCAAAGCAGGUCGUGAAUGGGUGGAAAAGGUUCAGACUCCAGAGCAAGUGCGCUCGUCAUUACAUGCGCUUUCGAAGGGCAUAUAUGAGCGAGCGUUUGGAGAAUUGGUUUCUCGAGUCAAUCGACGAUUGGGGCCUACAAGCUCUGGUCUUGAUGAUUUGCAUUUCAUUGGUGUUUUGGACAUCGCUGGUUUCGAGAUUUUCGAAGAGAACAGCUUUGAACAGCUAUGCAUCAACUACACGAAUGAAAAAUUACAACAGUUUUUCAACCAUCACAUGUUCGUACUAGAGCAGGAAGAAUAUGCGCGAGAAAAAAUUGAGUGGAAUUUCAUUGAUUUUGGUAAAGACCUGCAACCAACCAUCGAACUUAUUGAGCUUCCAAAUCCUAUCGGAAUAUUCUCAUGCCUCGACGAAGAUUCUGUUAUGCCAAAGGCUACAGAUAGGACUUUCACUGACAAACUACAUUCGCUGUGGGAUCGAAAGACACCGAAGUAUCGUGCAUCUCGACUGUCUCAGGGGUUUAUACUUACACAUUAUGCCGCUGAGGUUGAAUACUCUACUCACGGUUGGCUUGAAAAAAACAAGGAUCCACUGAACGAUAACCUCACGCGACUCCUAGCAGCAUCUCGAAAUGAGCAUAUGGCAACGCUCUUUCAAGACUGUAGCGACAUUGAUGAGGAUAAGAUCGUCGUCAGGAAUCGAGUGAAGAAAGGUCUCUUCCGCACAGUAGCCCAACGACACAAGGAGCAAUUAUCAAGUUUGAUGACCCAGCUUCACUCUACUCACCCUCAUUUUGUACGCUGCAUUUUGCCGAAUCACAGGAAACGCCCAAAGCUUUUCCAAGCUCCAUUAGUGUUGGAUCAACUACGCUGCAACGGUGUAUUAGAGGGCAUUCGAAUAGCACGCACGGGGUUCCCCAACAGACUUCCUUUUCCAGAGUUUCGACAACGCUACGAGGUGCUCUGUCAAGCCUUGCCUAGGGGACAUCAUGAAGGGCAGAAGGCAGUAUAUAUCAUGCUCGAAAUGCUGAGAUUAGACAAAGCAGUCUACCGGAUCGGGUUGACUAAAGUAUUUUUUCGAGCCGGUGUGCUGGCAGACCUCGAGGAACAGCGUGAUGCUCUUAUCAAAGCUAUCGUUUCCAGAUUUCAGUCUAUCUCUCGUGGUUUCAUGCAACGAAAGAUUGCGGCUAAACGUCUCUACAGAGCCGAAGCGACUCGGAUUAUUCGGCAUAAUUUCGGUGUCUAUUUGGAUCUUUGUAGUAACCCGUGGUGGAGGCUAUUCGCUCAGAUGAAACCACUUCUCGGUGCCACACAAACCGCGGUCGAGGUGAAGAAACGUGAUGAAAUGAUCCAAUGCCUUGAGCUCAAAGUGCAACAAGAAAAUGUGGAUCGGGUUAGGCUUGAGGAUGAACGACGGAGAGCUGAUGCAGACCUAGCUCGUACCCAGCAGACACUUGAAAGUGAACGUUCUCUUGCGCUUGACAAGGAAGAAAUUUUCAAACGCCUUCAGAAGCGAGAGACCGAGCUGAAUGAAAAGCUAGCAGGUGCUAUUGAAGACCAGGAGAAACUUGAGGAUCAGCUUGACGAUCUUGUGGACGCGAAGAGAAAAGCGGAGGAUCAGGCCAACAGAUGGCGAGAGAAAUUAGAGCAAGCCGGGCAGAUCAUCAUACGCCUAGAAGCAGACAAAGGCGAAAUGCAGUUAAGCAUUAAAAAGAAUGAUACGCUCUUGUUUAAUUUAGAACGCACAAGGUCAGAAAAAGAAAGUGAAAACUCAGAGGUGAUACGAGAAAGACAGCUCCUUGAGAGUCAGUUCAACCUACAGCUAAGAAAAGUAUCGGAUCUUGAAGGCAAAUUGCUCAGAACAGACCAGGACCUUGAAGUCAAAUUGUCAGCUGCCACCAAAGACCUACAUAUCUCUAGGAGACAGCUCGGGGACCUGCGAGAAGAGAAUUGCGCCAUAAGGGCCCAAAUUGAUGACCUCUCUUCCACGUCUACGGACUAUGAAUCACUAUUAAGAAGAAAGGAAAGCGAGGUCGCAAUCCUGAAAGCAGACCAGAAGAAUUUCGAAAAGGAGCGCAAAACACUAGAGUCAGAGAAAGCCCUUCUUGCUUCGCGUCACGAUAGUCUGCAAAAACGAUUUCGUGAAGUGCAAGCAGAAGCAGACGCUAUAAAGUCACAGAGGCUCCAAUUCGAGCGUGAGGCUGCCGAUUCCAAAAGACUCCUGAACGAAAAAUUGUCUGAGGACGCCCAAGCUGGAACUUCCCGCAAAAUUCUUGAAAGCCAUGUUGACGAACUCAAAGCAGACUUGUUUCAAGUCCAGACUGAAUUGAGUCGUGAGAGGCAAUCAAGAGAUGACGUACAGAUGCUUAGUGAUCACGAGUUGGCGACGCUCAAAGGGGAGUAUGUAAAUCUCAACGAGUCCAAGAUCACUAUUGAGAAAGAGCUAUACAUUCAGCAAGACACACUUCGCCGCGCACAGGAAGCACGAACAAUUGCCGAAGCAAACCGCAAAGAGUUGCAAACAGAGCUCAAGAAGCUCAGAGAGCGGUACGCGGAUGCAGAAUCAUCAAGGAUUGAGGCCCAGAUAGUUGCUGAAAGAAGCAUGUCACGACAGGCUAACGAAAGACACACAAGUCUCAUGAAGGAGAUGGAAAACAAAGACAAUCAAUUAGAAGAAAUCACAGCAGAUCGAUCCCGCCUUGCAGAAGAAGCUCAGUCGCUCCGGAGAAUGAUAAAUGAGUCAGAUGUUUUCCGUCUGCAGCAUGAUCAACAUAAAGAGCGCCUUGAGAGGGAGCUUGUGACCGUUAAGGGCCGCUUGAACGCCUCAGAGAAUGAUAAUCGAGCUUUUUUAAAUAAGAUUCAGCAGAAGAACCUAGAUAUUGCCAGGUCUACUUCCCGAGCUGGAGACUCUCAACGAUCUCGCGUCCUGCAACUUCAGGCUGAGAAAGCAAAAGGCGACGAAGACAGCAAGAAACUCCGAAGCUCUUUCAAUGAUUUACAGGUAUCUAUGGCAUCUAUUGAGAAGCAAAAGGAAAAAUUGAAACUAGACGUAGAGGAUCUCCACCACGAGAUUGAAAGGGAGCACAAGGCAACCCGAAAUGCUGAGAAGACUUCUGCCAAUUGUAGUGCUCAGGUAGUUGAGCUGACGCGGACUGUCGAAUCAGAGAAGCAAGUUCGGUCCCAAGCACAAGCAAAUACGAGGAAAAUACAGAGCAUGCUCGACGCUACUAAUAGGGAAGUCAAUGAGACUCGUCGACAGCUCGCCCUUCUUCAUAAAGUAUUCCAUCCGGAGUCCAACGAACAGAAUCCAUCAUGGGAGGUGGUAGCGCCCCGCCUUCCACAAUAUACUGACCUCGCUGGACAGCUUCAAGCGUGUCAGCAGGCCUUAAGGAUUACAAACGAAAAGUGCUCUCGUGCAGAGCUCCAGAUCCAAGAUAUGCGACAACGCUUUGAAGGCGAGAUCCAUGAUAUGGAUGCUCGUCAUUCCUCAUCAAAGCGUCACAUGCUUGAGGAAAUCAAUCAGAAUAUCCUACCCACAAGGAAAUCCCCUAAACAACAUCGGAGGGUCUCCGACGCGAAACAUCAUUCUAACAAUUCCACACCCGAUCGAAGGCACCCAAGCACUCAAUCGCACGAUUCUGGGCGCUCUGAUCGGACUGUAGAUACAAUGUCAUAUAAUAGACGAAUGGAUGUCGCCGCAGAGCUUGAGAUGGUUCAAGCCCAAUUGCAAAUGACCGAAAUGCAGAAUCGCCACUUACAAAGCCAGCUUGGUCGCUUAUCGCCAACAAGAGGUCUAGCUUAUGAUGAGAGUCCAACAGCUAGGAGGGUUCAAAAGCUUGAGAGAGAAAAUGGAAGACUGAACGAGAAGCUCGAUGAUUCGACAAAGAAAAUGUCUGCGCUUGAGAAAUCGAUACGCUCCGGAGAUCUUUCACUACGUGACAUACAAGCAAAGUCUCACGAGGAACUGUACGACCUCAUCAACUCACAGGAAGACUCGCGGAGGUCCCUCUUGCGAGCAUAUGAUGGCACAGUCGCUGACCUUACCCACGCAAAGUCUCAAUUUGACAGCGCCAGACAGGCACGGGCCUCUGUCGAGGUAGAAUUGCGUGACGCUAGAUCAGAGCUGGAGGCUGUCUCUGAAGCCCACGAACAUGAGUCGGCAGCGAAGAGUCGCAUCCUGUCAGACCAUUCGGAUCUAAACAUUCGUUUCGACACAGAAGCGUCCCGGGCGAAUGACUUAGAAGCAAAUCUAAAUCUUUACAAGCGCAGGGCGGAUGAAUAUUUCAAUAAGCUUGAGCAUGCAGAAAUUGCAGUAUUUAAAGCUUCUCGUGCGGAGCAACAUGCUAAAGCGCAGGUGUUCGAGAGUGAAGAAACCUACGCACAUAUCGUGGCUGAGCGGAAACAGAUGGACUCCUCAGUCGAAGAACUGCAGCGACAAAACCAAUCCUACGAAGCCAGAGUAGAAGAUCUUGCAGCUGAUCUAGAAACUGCUCUACAAGCGAAGAAGAGGCUUCAACACGAGCUUGAAGAUUAUCGAAGCCAACGUGCUAUGGACGUCGAUGACAAAGAGGCAACGUUGGAGCAAACGCGAAGAAAGUAUCAGAGUGAAUUCUCCUUACUGACCGGCGAAUUGGAAAAUGAGCGGGAAAAUGUUCUCCAUGCUCGCUCAGAGACUUCUCAAUUACGGGACGAACUAGAAGACCUACGGUCGAAAUGGGAUGAUGAAGUCCUCAAUAGCUCAGCAUGGUCAAAGGAGAAAUCUAGACUCGAGAUGACGAUGGAGGAUCUGUCCUCGUCAAGGGAAGAGGCCGUAGCCGCUCACAAUGACGCCCAAAGCAAGGUCAUUUCUCUUCUGUCCCAAGUACGCAGUCUCCGUAAUUCGAUGGAUGACCUAGCAGCAGAGAAAGACGGCCUUCAGAUGGAAAAGAGAAGCCUUGAGUCUCGUCUAGCAGAAGCAGGAGAUCGGCUCGAGGAUCUAGCUCGUGGUGAGAGUCCUUCAAUGCGCAACGCAGCCAAAGCAGACCGUGAGCAGCUGGAGCUGAAGACGCAAUUAGCGCAGCAACAAGACGUUGCUGCGGCUGCUGUAAGUAAGAUGAGAAAGGUAGAUGCACUGUCAACGGAGAUGCAAAAGGAUAUUGUCGCUGAACGCGAAACCACCGGGUCCUUACACAAGGAAAAAGCAGCUUUGGAAAAGGCAGUGAAAGAUUUGCAAGGCCGGGUGGUUGACUUGGAGACAAAAGGCUUCUCUACUGCCGGGCACGACGCACGCUUCCUCAAUGGCCGCAUUCAAGAGCUCGAACACCAGCUUGAAAGGCAGGAGACGCAGCAUGCUGAUCAUCUCCGUUCUGUUCGUAACGUUGAUCGCACCGUCAAAGACUUACAGUCGCAGCUCGAGCGUAAGGAUAAGACAGCUAAGCAAUUUGCCGAAGAUGUAGCCAGAGGCCGUGAGAAGGUCGAUCGCCUGCUUUCCACCAUCGAUGAACUUCAGGCAGAGGAAGCUCGCUCUCAACUCGCAGCCCGACGGGCCGAGCGCGAUCUGAGGGAGGAGAAGGAGAAAGGGUUGCGGCUCGAACGCGAGCUUGAGGGCUGGAAAGGACUGCGAGUCGAACGAGGGGCUGGAGUCAGAGGAAGCACCAGCGAAUGGGGAGGCAGCAUCCGUGGGCAUCGGGCCACUGAUAGCAGUGACACAGGAGACGGGCUAAAUCGCAUGUUAAGUACUACGAAGGGAUUUCUGUAA